UUGAAUACAUGCUGCUACGGACAGAGCAUUUUUUUUCUCAAGAAACCAUCACACGCAGUGCACACCCACUGUGUGCUAAAUAGCGCUGAGUUGUGCUGUUUGGCGAUUCGUCUUCUACCAAUUUAUGUCAGCGCUAAUUCUUAAAAUUCCAGUUUCUUGGUAAGGAAAAAAGACGUCUGCUUUUCUCCCUUUGCUCUGUUUUUUCUUCAAUCGCAGGAAGUUUUUGACAUUUUUGGGUGGUGAAGGUUUGGGGAUGGCUUUGUGUUCUGUAACAGCUGUAGAAGGGGAAUCAAAAUGGGAAAGAGGCCCAGAAAAUGAUGUGGUGUUUGCAUUUAUUGAGAAAUUGGUUGAUCCAAGGUUGCCCUAUAAGUUCUCCAUUAACGACCCUCCUUCCGAAGAUGCACAUAAAUCUAUUGCAAGACAGAUGCAUGCAGUUGUUUUGCUUUACAACUACUACCACAGGAAACAGAAACUGGAGUUCAAGUUUCUUGAUUUUGUAUCCUUCUGUACGCUGGCUUUGUCACUGAGGCCAACUUUGAAACCAUUUUUGGAAACCAUAUGUGGAAGUGAAGUCGUGGAUUUAAAUGGUUCUGAUGUUCAUCUCUCACUGACCGAGAGAGCUGUCAAAUGUGCAUGUGAUAUAGCUUUUUCGUUGGAUGCAUCAAAGGAUACUCCAAGCGUAGAAGGAUAUCCAAUAUCAACGGUUGCAGUCUUGUUGGUCGACUUGGAGAAAAAAAAUUGCAUGCUUCAGUUGGAUACUGUCACUGAAGGUGUGUGGUCGCUUGUUGAAAAGGAGAUUGACGUCCUUGGUACAGAUGAAGAUAUAACAGCAGGUAAGAAGAGGAAAGUGAAGGAUCAGCAGCCAUUGUCUGGUCAUGCUAAGUUUCUGCAGAUCGGUUUUGAUGCUGUGAAGGACGUCGCAGGCAUCGAAGUAUCUGACCUUGUCGUGUUGGAGGCUCAUGUUGUGUAUUCAUUAAGCAAGGAGAAGUCAGCUACUCAGUUUUAUAUGAUGGAGUGCAAUCACUCGUUUGACAAAAACAAGAAUUAUGAUCUCGAUUCUCUUGUUGAGAGUUUGCAGGGCCCUUUUGUAGAGAAGUAUCUUGAUUCUUGGGUGACUACCUCACUCGUCGAGUAUCAUCGCUUGCUUCCUUAUGCAGAGUUGAUCUCUAGCUGGCUUCCAAGGAAAGAUUCAGUGCCUAUUCUAAGUGACAUUGUUACUGAGAUCAUCAAGAACAAGGAGGCACAGAAAACUGCUAAGCCUCGUGUAGAAAACAACGCUCAAGACUUGGAUAACAGUGACGGCAAAGAUAAACUUGGGUAUGCCAUCGAUGUGUCUGAGACCAGACGUGAAAGUGUUGAUAAAGUCAGUGAAAACAACCACAUGAAAGGUCCCUUGUCUGGCCAUUCAAUACGGAAGUCUCAACGUGCAGCUGUAGAUGCUAGUGCCUCACGAAAGACAAAAACUGCCACUGACUUUUUCAAUAUUUCUGUUCCAAGUGAGGGGACCGAGAAGAAGAACGCAAGGACGAGAAGUGAUUAUCAGAAUAAGAACAUUCCCUCUCCACAGCUUGAUGCAGCAACAAAAACUGCCUCCGACUUUUUCAAAAUUCCCGUUUCAAGCCAGGGAAGUAAGAAGAUGAAGGCAAGCGUGAGAAGUGAUUAUCAGAGUAAGAACGUUCCCUCUACACAGCUUGAUGCAAAUGAUCAUGAAAAUGGUGUCAGCUCGAAGGCGGUGGAAACUACUGAUCCUUUGAAAUCAAAUGAUGGUCGGUUUAAAGAGCAGAGGUCGAUGGGGGAGAAUGGUGGGACGAGCAAGCAAAGCGAUGCUGUUGUAGUAGAAAACUACAGCAUGGUGGUUCAUAGUGAGGCACGGAAUGGCUCUGUAACGCAUUCAGAAGAUCCUCAGAAUGCAUUGGCACUUCUCAAUUCUAAAAAACAACAACUGUUUUCUCGCCUCUGUGCUAUAGAAGACACACUGGCACUGUACGAGCAUGUUUCUGAUCGCGUGAGAGAUGGUGGUGAAGCUGGUUUUGCUCGUCAGUGUAUUGAAAAUAUCGUGAAUGGGAAAUAUAACUUGCUGCUGCAGGUUGAAAACUCCACCAACUCUCAACCUCAAAAGCAAACCAGAAAUCCCAAAAUCUAUAUCCCUGGGAUAUCAUCAUGUCAAGUGAGCUUUCUUCUCGAGGACUUGGAAUAUGUAUGUGUCAUGAACAAAUGGAGGCUGCCGAGAUACAUGGUGCAACCUUCCGAUGGUAAGUUCCGGGCAAAUGUGACCGUUGAUUGCAGAGAUAAUACUAUUCUCACUUCAGAGGGCGAUGCGGGGCCCACACCUUGUGAGGCUCGGGAGUCUGCGGCCACCAAAAUGAUCGAGAAAUUACGAGCGUGAUAGUGAUUGAAGAUCUCUAAUUACUCUCUGAAGACAAGAUAGUUUUGCUAACAGUUUAACUGACAGAAUUGUGCACAAUUUCUUCACUUCAAGAAAAACAUGUAGAGAUGAAGAUGUUUUUGAUUCUUACCAAGAAAUAGUUACUUUUUGUGUAAUACUAUGAUUCAAGGGUAUUCAUUGUUGUUUGAUAUA